CGCACGGCGCCGUGUUUACAGCGAACACGACAGACUGCAGACUGAGCUGGAGAGGCUGCUGUGAUUGUACCUUCACAUUAAUCUGUCUAACGACGCGGCCCGUCGUGCUAUCGGCGGAAGGCAUUGGAUAAGCAAGAGGACCUGUGCGACCCUAGGGCAGCAAGGUCAAAUACUGCGCGUUCCCUCUGUAUGAAAGUAUAUUGUCGCUACCACAACAACGCGGUGCGUGUGUGCAUGAUGAGAGGCUGAGGAGGAGGAGGAGGCGGUGUAGAGGGAGGCUGCGGUCUGAAACCACAUUUUACCCUGGAUACUUCGACACUAACUAACGUCGCUCACACAAGGGAGCUGUGUAUAAACAUAAUAUGAUGUUGUGUGACUCGGACCAACUAUUUCCAUCCUGUUUUUAAAAAGGGGUCCUAGUCGUUUUCUGCCUUCUGGCUGAUGAUCCUCCAGCAGCGGGACGCCGAACGUUUUUUUCCUUCCCGAUAUGGAGUGUGAAGAUGCGGAUUACAGAGGAAUUCCCGUUAUUGGUUUAACCGCAUCGGUUUUAUUGCACACGUCAACACGGUGUUGUUUUUUCUGGCAAGAAUAAACAGCCAUGCAUACGCAUUUUCUUUCUGGAGGGGUAAAGCGGUGAUUGUUUUUGGAACACGACUGGACUCCCAUUAGGAAGCGUGAGCGCUACGCUGCUAGCUUAUUUGUAGUAGCGUUAGCUUUAGCUCCUCUGGCCGGCUAUCUGCUAAAGGUGCUGGCUGGAGACUGGUCGUUUCAAUCAUUUCGACCAGUUUUUGUUGAUAGUUCAUCCCCCCCUUGUCAUAUUUAUUGUCUACAUUUGGGAGGGUUUACUCAAUCAGGAAUGAGGUCACGAACGGAAAGGAACCGCUUGACCUUGUUUUGGGGUCUGAUGCUGGGUCUGUCGUCCUGCCUCCGGCCCGCCACCACAGAGAUCUGUGGUCCCAGCAUCGACAUUGGCAAUGAUGUCAGUGAAUUCAGGCGUUUAGAGAACUGCACAGUGGUGGAGGGCUCCUUGCAGAUCCUCCUCAUCGGUGACAAAAACAACAACAACAUCAACCAGGAACUCUUCCGCACCCUCAGCUUCCCCAAGUUAACCAUGAUCACCGACUACCUGCUGCUGUUCAGAGUGUCCGGCCUGGACAGUCUGAGCACGCUGUUUCCCAACCUCACUGUCAUACGCGGACGUAACCUAUUCUACAACUACGCUCUGGUAAUCUUUGAGAUGACCAGCCUGAAGGACAUCGGUCUGUACAGCCUGCGGAAUAUCACCCGCGGUGCCAUCCGCAUUGAGAAGAACCCGGAGCUCUGCUACCUGGACUCUGUCGACUGGUCCCUCAUCAUGGAUGCAGAGUUCAACAAUUACAUUGCAGGGAACAAGCAGUCCAAGGAGUGCAGUGAUGUUUGUCCAGGCAUCAUGGAGAACAACCCACAGUGCAGAAAGACCAUGUUUAACGACAACUACAACUACCGCUGCUGGAACUCCUAUCACUGCCAGAAAGAAUGCCCCGAGAAGUGUGAACGAAAAGUGUGCACAACAGAGGGCGAGUGCUGCCACCCUCAGUGUCUAGGCAGCUGCACAGUCCCUGAUAGUGACACAGCAUGUGCCGCAUGUGUGCAUUACUACCAUCAAGGGCGCUGUGUGGCUGACUGCCCUCCUGGAACCUACAAGUUCGAGGGCUGGCGCUGCAUCAGUGCUGAGCUAUGCUCCAAAUUCCACCUCCCCGAAUAUUACAGCUUUAUCAUCCACGAUGGAGAGUGUAUGCCAGAAUGCCCAUCUGGGUACACGCGCACUGCACCCAACAGUAUGUACUGUACAGCCUGUGAUGGUCUGUGUGAUAAAGUAUGUGACGAGAAGGUCAUCGACUCCAUGGAUGCUGCUCAGUCUCUCAAAGGCUGCACUGUUAUCAAAGGCAACCUGCAUAUCAACAUCCGCAGAGGCCACAACAUGGUGGCAGAGCUGGAGAGUUUCACAGGUUUAAUCCAGAGGGUGACGGGCUAUGUGAGGAUCAGACACUCCCACACUCUGAGCUCCCUGGCCUUCCUCCGCAGUCUCCGAUACAUCGAUGGAGAGCAGCUUCUGGAUGACAUGUACGCCUUCUCAGCAUUCGACAACCAGCAGCUACAAUAUCUUUGGGACUGGAAACAGCACAAUCUCACCAUCAAAACAGGAAAGCUGUUCUUCAGAGCCAACCCAAAGCUCUGCAUGUCUGAGAUCCGCAGCAUGUGGGAAAAGACGGGCACCCAGGGCCACUUUGAUGAGAGCGAUUUCCGAAACAACGGAGACCGAGCCAGCUGUGAAAGUACUAUCCUUAGGUUUAAGUCCAACAGCACCAGCAACACAAGGAUCAAACUGACCUGGCAACGGUACCGGCCGCCCGACUAUAGAGACCUCAUCAGUUUUAUUGUUUACUACAAGGAGGCACCAUACCAGAACAUCACAGAGUUCGAGGGGCAGGAUGGUUGUGGCUCCAACAGCUGGAACAUGGUGGACGUGGAGCUGAGACCAGACAAGGACUCUGACCCCGGAGUUUUACUGUCCGCCCUGAAGCCCUGGACGCAGUACGCCAUCUUCGUCAAAGCUAUCACACUGAUGGUGGAAGACAAACAUAUGCCAAGUGCCAAGAGCAAGGUGGUCUACAUCCGGACCAGCCCCUCGGCGCCCUCCAUGCCUCAGGAUGUGCGAGCAUAUUCUAACUCCUCAACGCAGCUGGUAGUGCGUUGGUCUCCCCCUGUCUCACCAAAUGGAAACCAGACAUACUACCUGGUCAGAUGGCAGCAACAAGCUGAAGACAGAGAGCUGUACCAGCACAACUACUGCUCCAAAGAGCUGAAGAUCCCCAUAAGGAUUGCUGCUAUCGGUGUGGGAGAUCAGGAAGAUGACACCAAGCCUAUGAAGCCAGAUACUGAGGGGGCAGAUAAAGGUCCGUGUUGCCCCUGCCCCAAGUCAGUGGAGGACCUGGAGGCAGAAGCUGCUGAUGCCUCCUACCGAAAAGUCUUUGAAAAUUUCCUGCACAACUCAAUCUUUACACCACGGCCACCAGAUCGCCGCCGUAGAGAUGUCUUUGCCAUCGCCAACGCCACUCACUCCCGGCACAACCGUCUGCACACCAACAGUACCACUGUGCCUCCUCUCCAAGCCACUGGUAACAACAGCAGCACCACCGCUUACGUAGAGCCAGCAGACAGGGAGUACAAGUUCAAGGAGAAAUCUGUGACAGAGCGCGAGUUGCAGAUCUCUGGCCUGCAGCCAUUCACGGUUUACCGCAUUGACAUUCACGCCUGCAAUGGACAGGUUCAACGUUGCAGUGCGGCAGAGUUCGUCUUCUCCAGAACCAAGCCUGCAGAAAAGGCCGACGACAUACCGGGCCCGGUGACCUGGGAGGGCCAUGAGGACUGGGUGUUUCUGCGCUGGCCCGAACCCACUCACCCCAACGGACUCAUCCUUAUGUACGAGAUCAAGUUUAAACUAGCCACUGAGACUGAAAAACACGAGUGCGUGUCUGGUCAGAUGUAUCAAGCCCAGCGUGGUGUUCGGCUUUCCAACCUCAGCCCGGGAAACUACUCUGUGAGAGUGAGAGCCACGUCACUGGCUGGCAACGGCUCCUGGACACAGACUGUGGAUCUUUAUGUGGCUGAACGAUAUGAAAACGCCCUCUAUGCUAUGAUCUUUGUUCCCGUCGCCAUCAUCCUCUUCAUCUGCCUUUUCAUCACAAUGCUGGUGGUCUUCAACAAGAAAAGGAACAGUGACCGUCUUGGGAAUGGAGUCCUGUAUGCCUCUGUCAACCCAGAGUACUUCAGUGCUGCAGAAAUGUAUGUACCAGAUGAAUGGGAGGUGGCGCGGGAGAAGAUCUGCCUCAGCCGCGAGCUUGGCCAGGGCUCGUUCGGCAUGGUGUACGAGGGCCUGGCAAAGGGCGUGGUCAAGGACGAGCCGGAGACGAGGGUCGCCAUCAAGACUGUCAACGAGUCGGCCAGCAUGAGGGAGAGGAUAGAGUUUCUCAACGAAGCGUCCGUCAUGAAAGAGUUUAACUGUCACCAUGUGGUCCGUCUCCUGGGAGUGGUUUCUCAGGGCCAGCCCACCUUGGUCAUCAUGGAGCUGAUGACGCGAGGCGACCUGAAGAGUUACCUACGCUCCCUCCGACCCAAAGAGCAACAGUGGUCGAGCCUGUCUCUCCCUCCGCUGAAGAAGAUGCUUCAGAUGGCAGGACAGAUCGCUGAUGGCAUGGCGUACCUCAACGCCAACAAGUUUGUCCACAGAGAUCUAGCAGCCAGGAACUGCAUGGUGGCUGAGGACUUUGCUGUUAAAAUAGGAGAUUUCGGCAUGACCAGAGAUAUCUAUGAGACGGAUUACUACCGCAAAGGUGGUAAGGGUUUGCUCCCUGUGCGCUGGAUGUCACCAGAGUCUCUGAAAGAUGGAGUCUUCACCACUAACUCUGAUGUUUGGUCGUUCGGGGUUGUACUGUGGGAGAUUGCCACUCUGUCAGAGCAGCCCUACCAGGGUCUGUCCAAUGAGCAGGUUCUGCGCUUUGUCAUGGAGGGCGGGCUGCUGGACAAACCUCAGAACUGUCCUGACAUGCUGUUCGAGCUGAUGCGAAUGUGCUGGCAGUACAAUCCUAAGAUGCGUCCCUCUUUCGUGGAGAUCAUCAGCAGCCUAAAGGACGAACUUGAACCAUCUUUUAAAGAGGUUAGUUUCUUCUACAGCGCUGAUCACAAGCCAGCCGAAAAUCCACAGGUCCACUUGGAGAAAAUGGACAACAUGGACGAGGUUCCCCUGGACCCCCCUGCUUCCACACAGCCACAGCCACCCCCCACCCCCCAACAGACCCCACCCUCACCGAGCUCAGAGGUUCCACCUGCCCCCUCACUAAGCCCCGCCUCCCCUUCCUUUCCCUGUACGUCGGCGGCUGCUGCCAUGGACAAGCAAGCGUCCACCCAGCAGGCGGCCAACGGGCUGUCGGGUCCAAGUCUUGCAGCGGGAUCGGGGGUCGGGACAAGUGCGGGCGUUGCAAUGCGUCCGUCUUUGGAAGAACUGCCACCGUAUGCACACAUGAACGGAGGGCGCAAAAAUGAACGUGCCAUGCCCCUCCCGCAGUCGUCUGCCUGCUGAUAGGACAGAGACACCCACCAGACUGCAAACCCUGCCUCCUGCUGCUCAACAGAGGCCGAUGUCACAGUGGGGCAUAUCUCUCUUUGGUUUUUUUUUUGUCGUUUUUUAGAUAAAAUGCUACCGUCUACCAGCUGGGUGUGGCUACUCGUGAGGAGCAAAGACUCACGGGAAGGCGGAGAAAGAAAUGGUUAUUUCAUGCUCUGCUGUAACUCCACACACUUUUUUUUUCAUAUUAUUUAACUUUUGGUUUCUACCAGCUGGCUGUCAGGUAUGACACUGCCCUUGCUGCUGAGUGAAGGAAAGGAAAAAGUGAUGUAAAAAAAAAUAAUUGGGAGAAAUCUCAGUAUCUCUCUCUCUCUCUCUCUCUCUCUGUUAAUAGCUGAACGUAUUUUAUAAAUUGUUGUUUGCUACUUUUUUAUAUGCAUUUCCAAAUGGGAAAAGGCCUUUAUAAAUGACUGGCAUUUUGAUGGCUUUUGGGCGGGCAUUAUGGUGAAGCAUAUCAAAUGAAAAAGAGGUCAGUGUCUCCCUCAGUCAUCUUGUUGCUCUGCAGGCUGGGUGUCCACGUAAUGCCAGGUCAACAGCCAGUCUGCUUAAAAUGAACAACCAGAGGGAGAUAGGUCAAAUCUGCCAAACUCGUUGCCAAAAUUUGAUCUGUUUUUACACGGUUCUGACGUCCCUCUACAGUUCCGCAUCACUCCUGUGUUGCUAUUAAAUAUUGUACAGCUCCUGUAUUCUAUCAGAUUGAUAUCGUAGACCUUGGUUAGAUCGGCGUGUCUGAGAUCGAGCCACAUCUUGUCACAGUGCUGUUUAUUUACAGUUUAACUGCCAAAUCCAAUCAGCAAAGAAGCAAAAAAAUAAAUAAAAAAGGAAAAAAAAGAUGAAGACUGCAAAGGGAAAUGUAUAAAAAAUGGGGGGGGGGGGGAACAACUCUAGAUUUAUGUCUCGGUUGGGUUGUGCUCAAUGCUCCGAGGCAUCCUUGCUACAUACCAAGUUUUUUUGGACUAGUUAGUCAACGUUACAUUAACACCAUCUCAACAUGGGCAGAGCAUUUAUGUACACACCAGUAAUUUGUGUCACUUUUUUAACUUUUAUAUGGUUGGAGACAUUUAUUGUGUACAGAAAGAGGCUGCUAUUCUUUAUUUCUCUUGUGGUUGUAAUAUAGUUAAUAUCUAUAUAUAUAAAAAGAGAACUCCUUCAGGUUGGAUCUACGAACGUUUCCACUACAAUCCUUUUUUUUUUUUCAUAUAUACAUAUAUAUAUAUAUAUAUACAUAUAUAUAUAUAUCUGACCUAGUUUCAUUUCUGUUUGACAAUUCACCUUGUGUUUUCAAAAGCGCUGCAAUGGUUACGUCCCCUUCUGUCUGACUAGAGGACAGGAAGUAGUGCCAGUGACCAUCAGUGUUCUCCCAGGACACGUUAAGACCUCGGUCCUCUAAAGGUUUGGACUGGACCAGCUCUACCCAUCAUCGUACUCAGAGGUCAAACAUCAACUGCUGAGUCCCACCUAAAUCUCAGGUCUAAGAGAAAAGUUAAAUCCUUCUUUCUUUCUUUUUUUUUCCGUUGCUGUCACACCCAGAGACGCGCUGUCUGGUGUUUGUCUGAUUCUAUGUCCCUCCAAUGCUGUUAUUGCAUCUUUCCUGCUCGAGUAAUUAGACAAGAGCAGUCCUAAUAUCAUUUAAAAAUGGGCUUGCACUUAUCAUAUGGAGACUCAAUAGUGACAAAAUGCAGUCAAAUGUUAUCAGAUCAUUGUUAAAAAAGCUUACACAUUUAAGUCAACACACCUGUUAGCAGAGUUUGCGAGCUAAUGCUAUUUGAAGCAUUUGAAUUAUAUAGUAGUCUCGUCACGUGAGCGCCAAGAAAACAGGAUACCAUAAAUAAUUGAAUUUGUGUCGACAAGACAAAAAAGGGAAAACUAAAGUCAUUAAAAAUAAAAUGAGCAAGUAAAAGUAGAAGAGUAAAAUGAAUAAAACAUUUUAGAAAUGUAUUCAACUCUCCACUGUAUUUUCCUUUUACUAAUGAGCGGAGUUUGACGAAUCUGGUAGCAUUUUAGUUAGAUUUUUGUCAGUUUCGCGUCUCCAUAUAUUGGUGCUAUGUAGCGUCACUGGUUUCAGGAUACAAAGUAAAAUAGAACUUAUUUAAUGGUGUGAACAAUAGUAUUUUUCUGAAGGCAAGUGUUUGGAUAAUUUCACUUAAAUCAAUGUCUCUUGAAUCAAGGGUGCUGCUGGAAAAAAACUCCCUUAUAUAUCUUUUUUUCACCGCGUUUGUUAUAGAUCGCUGAAAUUUAAGUUGGUUUGAGAAAUAAGUGGAAUUGUCUCGCGGCACUGAGAAUAUUUUUUACAACGCUUUCAGAAAAAUAGAAUUUGACACUAGAUACCAUGAACAAAUGCUGAUGAGCUCCUCCUCCUCCUCCUGGAUCUGUUUAUUUUCCUACAAAACUGAAUCCACCUUCAAAAGGACACCUUUGCACGGUACCAACUGUAACUGUAUAAUCAGAGAGGAAGGACCACAUGGAACAGGUUAUAAAGGCUCAUCCAAACUUUAUUUGGAUUCCCAGCCCAGAUGUUUCUUGGUUAUUUCUUGUGUUACUUUUCAUGUGAAGUGUAAAUCACUGUACAAAUUCCCCACAAGUUUUGUUUUUUCCGUCUGAUACUUUCGCGUUCUUGUGCUUUUUUUUAGGGGAACGUUUUCUUAAUACUCCCUCAACCAUUCAUCUACCUCAGUUUUUCUUUCAUUUUGUCUUGUUUUUGCUUCUUCAAUCUAUUCACAUGUACAGAAAAGCAUCUCUGUCGUCUGUCUGUAACGAUAUAUGGUCAAAUUCAGACCACAAACCAAACCAUUCUGUCCGUGCGUUCCGUGCUAUUAUUCAGGCCCUGAACAGAUAACAACAACAGCAGCUGCUAAUGAUAUGAGAAAGAUUUCACCGCAAUGAGGAUUUUGGGUUUUCUCGGAUACUCUGCUUUCGGACGAGUUGUUGGCGCACGUUUCUCCGUGUUAUUAAGACCUCCUGACCGCUUACCCUUCCCUUUCUCCACGGCCUCCCUCUCCUCUUCACCCUGCUCCGUGUUCAGACCUUCAGCUUGAAGUCUAUCCCUUUGUUUGUUUCUCCCGUGCAUUGCCAUUUCAUUACCGCAUGCGUCUUCUGUUCUGUUUCUGUUUUGUUUUUUUCUCGAAGGACACCCCCGAAAAACCCCAGAUGGUAAAAUUAUUCUAUUCUGUUCUGUUUUUUCCUCUUUUAACCAUCUUCAUGAAAGAUGUUCCUAUCCCAGGUAGCUGUGAAGUGAGAUAUGGACAACACUUUAUUUUGUAUGGCAAUCUGAAAUAAUAUAAUGUGACAUAAAUAUAGCGAUAAAUAACUCGUACUAAACCUGUAAGGCUAUUUGGUUUUUUUCGUCACACAAAUUAAAUAUAAAUAUUUAUUAUAUAAUUUUCCAGCUACCAUUUUGUUUGGAUCGGGAAACGGUGUCAUUUGAGAACAAAACUUCACAUCCAAAACUAUUAUGGGAUUUCUGCUGGGGGGGGGGGGGCAUUGUCUGUUUGCAUUUCACAAAAGAAUGGAUGACUAAGACAUUAGUCUGCAUUGUCACACACUCGAAUGGGCUUAAAUCCUUCCAGAGAGCAGUCUGUUUCUUGUUUUUAAUGAGUGUGGUACCAGUGAGACAAAUGUCUGUCGUACGAGAUGUGUUUGACCUGUUCUUGUUGCUAUAGAAACAACUCUGGUGACUGUGGAUCAAAUUAAAAUGUUUGUUUCUUUCCUUCAUGUCUGUUGACAGAAUACUCUUGAGGGGUUUAUUUUACUGCCAUUACAGGAAUUUGGUACUGCUGCUUGUGCUUAGACCUGUUGCCAUGGUGAUUGUAAACCCAUUACUGUUCCCUCUUUUUUUUUUUUUUCCCUUUGUUCCUUUUUUUUUGAGUCUUCUUCCCACCCUCACAAGGCAGUUUUGUAAUUUCAGGCUGGGAGUCUCAGUGAUGUGGGUACUGAUGUGGACAGAGUCCUCUGGCCCACUCUGACCACAGCACACCACUCACUGCAGGGUUCUGGUGCCAGAUUGGACUGAUGUGAUGAGGUCAGAAUGGGUAUUUCACAGUUUGUGGUCUGAUUUUUACCUCUUAUUUACCACUGGAUUACCUCACGGAGCAGACGUAAAAAAAUAGAACAAAUUUCUUUGUUUUCCAUUACAUGAUGGCCAAUUUGUUACUCAGAUUUUGACGUGUAUAAAUUAUUAUUCAUCGCUUUCCAACUCGUGUUUUAAAUUAAAUGAUCUGUUAUGGUAAGGUUUCAUUUUUGGUUUUCUUUUGUACAUGCUGUUGUAAGAAUAUUUCCUGAUAUCUAUAUAUUCUGAGUACUCGGACAAUGGCUGAAGGGAAAGAGAAUGUCUGUUUCUCUUGUUCUUUUUUCUACACAAGAUUUAAGAUGAAUAAAAAUGUAUGCAAACUGU